CAAAAUAUAUUAAACUGGCACCUGCUCUUCUCUCUCCAGUAAACAAAUCAAAGAAUAAUAUGAGAGCAGAACCAACAAGUAAUGCUCAUGCUAAUGCUUCCCUUUUCAUCUUGAAAGCAACAGAAGAGGAGAGAAACAGUGUAAUAAUGGAUGGAGAGCUGCAGGAAAAGUUCAGAAAAAUAUGUGUCUUUUGUGGAAGCAACUCUGGCAACAGGACUGUAUUCAGUGAUGCUGCUCUUGAUCUGGGCAAUGAACUGGUGAAGAGGAGAAUAGAUUUGGUUUAUGGUGGGGGGAGUGUGGGGCUGAUGGGUUUGAUUUCUCAGACAGUUUAUGAUGGAGGCUGUGGUGUUCUUGGGGUUAUUCCUACAGCAUUGAUGCCUCUUGAGAUAUCUGGGCAAACCAUGGGUGAGGUAAAAGUAGUAGCUGACAUGCAUGAACGCAAAGCUGAAAUGGCUCGACAAUCAGAUGCUUUUAUUGCACUUCCUGGAGGAUAUGGAACAAUGGAAGAGCUGUUGGAGAUGAUAACAUGGUCUCAACUUGGAAUUCAUAAUAAACCAGUGGGACUCUUAAAUGUUGAUGGUUACUACAACUCUUUGCUUGCAUUAUUUGAUAAUGGUGUGGAUGAAGGUUUCAUUAAGUCAGGUGCCAGGCAAAUAGUAAUUUCUGCUCCAAAUGCUAAAGAACUGAUAAUCAAAAUGGAGCAAUAUGCACCAGGGCAUGAAGAAGUUGCAUCCCGUACAAUCUGGGAGAUUCCACACUUAGGUUAUUCAACACCACCAAAUCUCCAUUGAUGCCCAGUUCUUCUUACUAUUGCUCAUAAUCUGAUGUGAUUUUUUCUGAGAAAUUUGUGUGUGAAUUCCCAUGCCAACGGGCAUAAUUGGCCAUGCAUAUCUUUCCUCCCUCCAAUUGUUAAUAAAAGUAUCUUGCUUUGAAGCAUUUUAAUGGGUAUAUAAACAAGUAACAUGAUUUUAAGUUUGGUGAUAGAAAGCAAGAAAACGCGAGGAAGGAUGAUAAGAAGAAGAUAGUACUGUUCUAUAGAUAUCAGAAUCAAUAAUGAAAUAUCUGUAUCAUGGUUAAUAUUCAGUACAUCUCUUUAAUUAACAGAGAAAAAUAUACUACUAUGGUUGAGACUUUCA